AUGCCAUCCCAAGGCACGCCGCGGCGACCGGAGAACUGGCUCCCCGAGCACGACAUCUUUGUUCGCCGUCAAGCCCGCAAUGGUGAAGACGUCACGAGCAUUCUCAUCCUCUUUGAGACGGAAUAUCCAAAUGUCAAAGUGAGCAAGGAGUGGAUCAAGGAGAGAACCAAUGGGUCCUCGUACACUCGAUGA